AUGGCCAGUCUCAAGGACAAAAUGCUUAGCUUAAUGCUUUACUUAUACCUCUUCCUGGACCCACGCUUACGUCGCAUAUUGCUGCAACACCCUGAAAAAGUGAUGCGCGCGAAAACGGAGCUUAAACAGCUCUUACGCCAACUGUGGCAGUUGAAGGAAAAGAUUGAUACAGAUGAAGCCUGCUUAACCUCUAGCUUGCUUUCGCAAAAUUCUCAUUCUUGCUCGCUCUUGACCGAGCUUUUAAGUAGCAUUGAGCUCGGUGCCGAAGAGGAAGCUGACGAUGAUGGGCAGCAGGAAUUAUUAAAAGGAUAUGCUGAAAUUGAUAGUUACAGCCCGAAGCUCAUCAGCCCAGGCGCUGAUAUAAUGCAGUACUGGAGUGAGAAGCAAUUUCAGUACCCGAAUUUAUAUCAGCCCAGGCGCUGA